UAUUACUCAAAAUAACUGCAUUACUGUACUGAUCGUCGUGCCCACUUUCCGGGUUUUCUGUCUGUCCAGUCCUCUCACCCCCUCCCUUCGGGAGCGCACUGGUGCUCCUUGCAAACACUCAUCUUUAUCGCACUCUUACCCAAGUCUCGUGUUUGUUGAGUUUGGCACGCGCAACAUCACACUGCUCGUUGUGUCAUCUAAAUAUGUCGAUGUAAACGAGAAUAGUGGAAAGAAAAGCCGAGGGAAGAUGAAAGCGUCUCUUCUGUGGAUGCUUGUCUGUUUGGGGACUGCGUGUUGUCAGCUUGGCACCGGUGAUAGAUACGGCUGUCUGUUUGAUGGAGGCCUGUGCUUCAGUGGUCAGGUUUGCUGGGAUGAUGAGCUUUUUGGUCAGUGUCUUACACAAAAGAAGGAAAGGUUUCACUACAGGGUGACUACAGUUCUACUGGACAGACUGCAGUCAUUACUGCAGACACUUAUGAAGGAAGGAUUAACUUGGCAGGAUGAUGUCACCCAAUCAAUGAUUAAGAAAGAGCUUAGCAAAGUUCAGAAGAUCCCAAUUUCUUCUGGGAUAAAGAAUGGCCCACCCACAGAGUCUCAGAGUGGCCAAACAAACCAGCUCAAGCCCAAAAUGGUGCAGCCCUAUAUGGACUACAUGAUUGUUGAUCCACCUCAGUCAUCUCUCCAUAUGCAGAGCCUGGAUCCUUAUAGUUACCAGCGAUAUGGUUACCAAGAUGAAGAGGAGCGUUCUUUGAACCUGGUAGAGGGAGGCAGGUACCCACCAGCCUCCACUCAUAUUAGGGGAAAUUCACCACUUCCUCCAUCUCUAGAUAAAGAUGAUCAGCUUCUGCAGGAUCUGAUGACUCUCCUCCUUUCUUCGCCUGCACAGCCCACAUCACGCCAUGGUGUGGCAGCACCUCACUCCACCUCAUCUUUUUUCCAGGAUCUGGACUUUCCGCUUGACUACAAGGACUAUAACAAAGACUUAUUUUCCCAGGAUGAAAAGAUCAAUAGCCAACAGGAGCAAAAGAAAGGUCCUCAGAAGUAUGGAACCACUCAACAGAGCCUAAAUGAGCUGCUCCUGCAACAUGGAUUUGAUCUAAACCAUCUGAAACCUGAAGAGAUUGAGCGUCUAUUUACUGUCCUUCAGCUCCUUCAAAAUGAACCAACAAACAAUCAGAGAACACCUGAAACAAAGGAUUCCUCUGUGUCUCCAAAAGUGAUGAAGAUUACGGAGGGGGAGAUGACCCAUGUGGUGGAGAAGGCUUCUGCCCCGGCUUCAAAUUCCUCCAAUUCUUUACUCAACCACGGGUCCGAAACCUCUCCCAAGGGUUCCCAAGGGGCUUCCCAGGAUAACUCCACCCCAAUAGUUGCUAGUGCACUAGGGCCUUCAUCUCUCAAACAAGAGGAUGGACAACUUGGAAAGGGAGCCUUGAGUGUGAAGCCAGGAAAGAAUGAAACCAAGUUAAAGGAGGAAUUUGGAUACAUUGUCACAAAUCAGAGCCUUCUCACUCUGUCCAAUGGGGUUCAUCUACUGAAGACCCUUGCUGAGAGGAUCCAUCUCACCACUGGCUCUUUCAUCAAUAUCAGUGUGGUUGGUCCAGCUGUCACUUUCCGGGUGCUCCCAAACAGCCAGAAUUUAACAGCAAGUGAGGUGUCCGAAAAAGCUGUGGCUCAAAAGGUCCUUCUAGAAUCUGAGACUGGUCUAAAGGUGCUUCAGGCAGGUGUUGGGGAGAAGAGCGAUGGUCAUGCGUUGCCAGUGGCAACACGUGUACGUGACAACACCCAGUGGGUGUUCCUCAUGUUUGUGGGUGUGGCUUGUGUGGGUGGACUCCUGGUGGGGGCCCUGACCAUCACCUGCCUGCGCACCCAUGCCCGCCAGUUGGCCUCAGGGAAACUGGGACUUGGACCUGAAGCAGGAAAUGUGACGCAUUAUGAGUACCAGGAUCUUUGUCGACAGCACAUGGCUGCUAAGUCCUCUCUCGGAAGGCAGGACUGCGGGGUCGGAGCUGCAACUGGUGCCAGUCCAGGAGGAGGAGGAGGUGGGGGAGGAACGGAUACGUCACGAGUCAGCAGUGUGUCCUCACAGUUCAGUGAUGCACCUCAGCCAAGCCCUAGUUCGCACAGCAGCACCCCCUCCUGGUGUGAGGAGCCAGCGCAGUCUAAUAUGGAUAUCUCUACGGGGCAUAUGAUACUGGCAUAUAUGGAGGAUCAUCUGAAGAAUAAAGACCGUUUGCUCAAAGAGUGGGAGGCUCUGUGCUCCUAUCAGGCAGAACUCAGCACCAUCUCAGCUGCCCAGAGUGAAAGUAACGUCAAGAAGAACCGUUGUGCCGAUGCUGUGCCCUAUGACCAUUCAAGAGUGAAGCUGAAGGCUGAAAUUAACCCCUCCAGGACAGAUUACAUCAAUGCCAGCACCAUUAUCGAGCACGACCCCCGGAUGCCUGCGUAUAUUGCCACCCAAGGUCCUCUCUCACACACUAUCUCUGAUUUCUGGCAGAUGGUUUGGGAGAGCGGGUGUACAGUCAUAGUGAUGAUGACGGCUCUGGUUGAGGAUGGAGAAAAGCAGUGUGAUCGCUAUUGGCCCGAUGAGGGCUCUUCUCUCUACCACAUUUAUGAGGUGAACCUGGUGUCUGAGCAUAUCUGGUGUAAUGACUUCCUGGUGCGGAGUUUCUACCUGAAGAACGUCCAAACCCAGGAAACUCGUACUCUCACUCAGUUCCACUUCUUGAGCUGGCCUGCAAAGGGAAUACCAACCUCCACACGGUCUCUACUGGACUUCCGCAGGAAAGUCAAUAAGUGCUACCGUGGCCGCUCCUGCCCCAUCAUUGUGCACUGCAGUGAUGGUACAGGCCGAACUGGAACAUACAUCCUGAUUGACAUGGUUCUGAACCGCAUGGCUAAAGGUGUAAAGGAGAUCGAUAUUGCUGCAACCCUGGAACACAUUAGAGACCAGAGGCCAGGAAUGGUGCGCACCAAGGAUCAGUUUGAGUUCGCACUGACCGCUGUUGCUGAAGAGGUUAAUGCUAUUCUCAAAGCUCUACCACAGUGAAACAAAUGCCCAUGACUGAGCAGGCACACAAAUGCAUACAUACACACUCAUAAAUUACAUAGCAACUUCAUGCAUGUGUGCAUACAUACCUUAUGUGGCCACUGAGUAUUAGGGAUGUGCAUGAGUAAUCAAUACUCUCUUACUAAAUCUUUCACUUAAAUCGAGUUACAGCUAAAGUGUGUUGGGUUGCAUUGUGGUAUAGAGGGGUAAGAGAUUUUAUUGUGCAAUAUUUUAAUCUUUAUGGUUCUUGUUAGAGUCAUGCUUUCCACUAGAUAAAGAUCCACUUUUAUGGUGCCAAGUGCUUAACUACAAGAGUUGUGAGAAACUAUUUGUGCAGCCUUUAUUUUUUCCGCGGAAGAUUCUUCUAUUAGCAAAUUAAAAUGUAAACUUUUAGCACUUGUAUUUCUGACUAAUAUUAAGUUCAAUUUUAAAAUAGGUAAAUAUCAGAUAAAAAAAACAUUAAAAUUAGAUUUUCUUUUAACCCAGUGGGUAAUCUGGGUGAUGUUUUUUUUUUUUUUUUUUUUUUUUAAGACAGGCAUAGUUUAAUUUAUAUUGUGAAAUCAUUAUAAGCAUUAUGAAGGCUUAUGUUUGUGAUUAAAACAUUUUUGCUGCUUUCCUGCACUUAAAACAGUGAAAACCACAUAUCCCAACCAGUUCUGCCCAAUAUGACCUUCCUACAGCAUGUAAUAUUAAAUCUCCUUUAAAUUAAUGCUCAUAGACACAAAAAUAUACUACUUGAACCUAUAUUUAAGAUCUUCGGGAUCAGAUUUCUUCCUCACCUUCACUCUUAGUAACAAAGAUGUAAUUAUCUAAAGGGAAGUGCGUUUUACGCAGCCCUCUGUUUCACCGUGGUGAUGACUUAGUCCCGUUAUGUACACUUCAUCAGUGUUAUGGGAGUUUGCUUCACAAUCCUCUUGUUUACUUUGGAGGAAAAACAGAAUGAGCAUAAGCGUUGCUGUUGUAGGGUCUCCUGUUCAACUUAAGCCAUGGUCAAGUGCAGGCUUGCAUGGAAAGUGUGACCUCAGAAUUCUAAACAUGCCUCUGCUUCUUGCAUGUUCACUGAUUUCCAUUUUAAAGUUUAAUCUAUUACACAGAAUUAUGACAACUGCCCACACAAGCAGAACAUAAUGUGGAAAAAAAGUGCAGAUUCCAUUUGAGCCUAUACAUGUCUCCCCACUGUUCAUCCUAGUUAAUCCACAUUUCAGUGACAAAUCCAUUACACUUAAUUCCAUGAGAACUCAAGUCAAAUGCUAAUGUGACAGCAACAAUGUGUUGAUUCUGGAGAACAUGCUGAGAAGCCAGAGAGAUAGAAUUUCCUGCUUUUCCUUUCCUUGGUCGAAAUCUUUCUCUACUUUGCUCUCUUUCUGGUUAUUGUGGUCUGUUUAAAUGUUCUAUUCUUCUUGCAAAUCAAAAAAAAAAAAAAUUAUUAAAAAACAUUUUGUAUCUUGUGAUGACUAAUAAAACUUGUUAAGUGAUGCAGCAGCA